AUGGCAGCGAUGCUCCUUUCUGCCCAGCCCGUCAAACUCGUCAUGCCCUGUCGCUCUGCCUUCUUUUCCCACUUCUUGCUGAUUAAAAUCGCCCGACAUUUCCAACAUUCAACUGCUCUCCGUGAGGGAUUCCCCUUGGACAAGGAGCUGCUCGAGACACCAGGCACCGCGAGCGCCGACCUGCUUCCAUGUUUCAACUCUGUCCAGACCCUUCCCGCGUGGGGAUCUUCCCGUUCGUCUCUGCGGCCCAAUCCAUGCCAUUCGUCCGUCAAUCACAUACCUCAUCUGAGUGAGGCCGCAGAUUGUCAUUUUUUUUUUCGUGGUUUGGUACUCCGUGCCCUCCAAGUACUCGCCAAAUGUCGGUUUUCGUGUAACAUCAGAGUACACCCACAUUAUGCACUAAACCGCCUCACAUCUUCUGCACCUCCCCCUUCCAUGCGCAUGGCACCAUCUCCUCCCGUCUUGUUGCCGGCGUACGCCCACAAGCAUCCACAAUGUUAA